AUGUGCGAGCUGUAUAGCAAGUGGGACACUCUGGCGCUGAGGGAGAAGCACAUCGGGCCCUCAUGCAAAGUUUUCUUUGCUGCGGAUCCUAUCAAAAUAGUGCGAGCCCAGAGGCAGUACAUGUUUGAUGAGAACGGUGACCCGUACUUGGACUGCAUCAACAACGUUGCUCAUGUGGGACACUGCCAUCCAGAAGUGGUCAAAGCUGCUCUGAAACAGAUGGAAGUAUUAAAUACAAAUUCUCGAUUCCUCCAUGACAACAUUGUCGAGUAUGCCAAGCGCCUUUCAGCAACCCUGCCGGAGAAGCUCUCUGUUUGUUAUUUCACAAAUUCAGGAUCUGAAGCCAAUGACUUAGCCUUACGCCUGGCUCGACAGUUCAGAGGCCACCAAGAUGUGAUCACUCUUGACCAUGCUUACCAUGGUCACCUAUCAUCUUUAAUUGAGAUCAGUCCAUAUAAAUUUCGGAAGGGCAAAGAUGUCAAAAAAGAAUUUGUACAUGUGGCACCAAGUCCAGAUACUUACAGAGGAAAAUAUAGAGAAGACCAUGCAGACCCAGCCAGUGCUUAUGCAGAUGAAGUGAAGAAGAUUAUUGAGGAAGCUCAUAAAAGUGGAAGGAAGAUUGCUGCCUUUAUUGCUGAAUCCAUGCAGAGUUGUGGUGGACAAAUAAUUCCUCCAGCAGGCUACUUCCAGAAAGUGGCAGAAUAUGUACACAGAGCUGGGGGUGUGUUUAUAGCUGAUGAAGUUCAGGUAGGCUUUGGCCGUGUUGGGAAACAUUUCUGGAGCUUCCAAAUGCAUGGUGAAGACUUUGCUCCAGACAUCGUCACAAUGGGAAAACCAAUGGGCAACGGUCACCCAAUGGCAUGUGUGGUAACAACCAAAGAAAUUGCAGAAGCCUUCAGCAGCUCUGGGAUGGAGUAUUUCAACACGUAUGGAGGAAAUCCAGUAUCUUGUGCUAUUGGUUUGGCUGUCCUGGAUAUAAUUGAAAAUGAAGACCUUCAAGGAAAUGCCACAAGAGUGGGGAAUUAUCUUAGUGAGUUACUAAAUACGCAGAAGGCUAAACAUGCUUUGAUAGGAGAUAUUAGGGGCAUUGGCCUUUUUAUUGGAAUUGACUUAGUGAAGGAUCAUGAAGAAAGGACCCCCGCUACAGCCGAAGCCCAGCACGUCAUCUACAAGAUGAAAGAAAAACAAGUGCUGCUCAGUGCUGAUGGGCCUCAUAGAAACGUGCUUAAAAUAAAACCACCUAUGUGCUUCACUGAAGAAGAUGCAAAGUUUAUGGUGGACCAACUUGAUGAGAUUCUAACAGCUUUAGAGGAAGCCAUGGGAGCCAAAACUGAAAGUGUGAUCUCUGAGAAUACUCCAUGCAGAACAAAGUCCUGCAGUGGCCGGCGGGUUUGGAGGUGGUACCCACUGAAGAUCUGUGUGCCUAUCUUGCAGAUGCCUAAAGAAGUAAACUUGGAAUUGCUCAGUGACAACACCACUGACUCCAAAGAAAACCUCAGCAGAAAGAGAAAUGGAGUGUGCACAGAUAAACAUUCACUGCUCAGUAAGAGGCUCAAGACAUGAAAGAUUAGCAUUUGAAAGCAAGACCACUGUCCAGAGUUAUAGAGAAUGAGUGGAUGUGUCUCAUCUGUUAAUAUCUCUGUUAUACCCUCUAAAGGAAGAAUUUUCACUCAGUUUAGAUUUGUAAAUAAAAGGGUAAAUCAGUAAUAAAAAUAAACCAAAUGAUAAUCAAACCAUGUCAAGAUUAUUAGUUUAGGCUUUACCCUGUUAAUUCCUUACUUAAGAUUUCUGAAGGUACUUAAUUUAUUCUAUUAUGUUUAAGCUUCAAAUUUAAAAUUCAAUUGACAGUUUUAUUUCUCAUGUUUUCAUGUUGGAAAUUAGGGAGGAAAGUAUAAUGGAUUUCUUAACUUUGGAGACAUAGUGCCUUAAAAUAUGAAUUCUAUAAUGAUUUAAUAUAUAAAACUAUAUUUAUGGACUGUAAUGAAAUAAAGAUGAUGUAAACCAAAAAAA